AUGGGGUCAGACGCUCGAAAAGGUGAUGAUGGCACGAUCAAAGUCGCAUCCAAGAACAAGAAUGGUAAAAUAAAGCUGAAGAAGCCUGCGCCAAAACACAGCAAGCCUGGAAAUUGGAGGGAUGGCAGUGUUAUAGAAGGUGACAAGAAGAAGAAUGGCACUUCUCCCGUAGGUGCGCCUUCGCCAGGUCCUGUAGUAAACGAAUUAGACGAAACUUCCCGCGAAACGUUUGCAACUGGACGACCACUCGAAGACAGCCCUGAUCUCCAGCAAUGCAAGCAUUGCAAGAAGAGCGUACUAAAGACUGCUGCCAAAGCACAUAUUGCACAAUGUCUGCGAUUGAAGAAAGAGAAGGCGCAAAGAAAAAAGGAAGCCCGUGAGGCUAGAGAAAGGGCAAAGGAAGCGGCAAGACAAGAAGAGCAGCGGAAAGAAGACGAAGAGAACGGCAUAGAACGAGGCGAUGAUGACAGUGAUGAUGACGGUAUCUCAGCCGAGAAGAAGCCCACCGGGAGCAAGACUGCCAAAAAGGCUGCUGGGAAGAAGCCGGAAGACGACAGAAAAGGAAAGAAGCGAAAGGCCGAUGGGGACCCGGACAGGGGGCCAAAGAACAAGAAAAAGAAGGACGAGCCCAAGGCCAAGGUCCCUAAACCGAAGGGUGAGACACUCUGGACCUAUAUCCUGAGGGAAGCUAUUCUAACAUGA